CGGAUUUUGUCCUCUUUCCACUCAUCUCUUCGACCCCUCUGAAAUAUUUAAAUCAUCAGUUUCCACACAAUCAUGGCUCCUCAUUUCGCCCUCCUUCUCGUCAUCGCCGUCGUCACAAAUCUUAUUCCACAAAGUAAAAGUGAACACCCGAAAUUUGAAGAGUGUAAAAAGGCGAGUGAGCGAUAUUUCAAGGCGAGCCACAAGAAUACGAUGGCCUGUCACGCCGAUCUCAAAGACGACACGCACUCCCUUGAAGAAAAAUUCGAUAAAUUUGGCUGCACUGUACGAUGCAUCUUGCAAAAGGAUAAAAUGCUUGACGACAAUGAAGCCGUGACGGAGGAAUUUUUAAAGUCGAAUUACAAGGGCAGAGUAAUUUCCGAAUUUGAUGAGAAACUCCUCUCACAUUUUCUCGAGUGCAAAACCAAAUUUGGGGAUAAACUGGACAAAGCGGAUCCGAACUGCAAAUCAUAUCGCGAUUACGGGCUUUGCAUGCAAGAGUCCAUUUCUCAUGUUUGCUAUGAAAAUCCAUAAUGAUGAAGAAUCACCCAAAUGCAAAUUCACUUAUUAAUCACUUAAUUUCGCACUUGUCGUGAACACGGAUUGGUAAAAAAUUAUCAUCAAAAUUAUUUAUGCUCGAUGCAAAAAAAUUGUUGAAAUAUAUUAGGCUGGUGAGAAUAAUUAUGUUUUGAAAAUAAAUGUGGAAAAAUCAUUUCUAAAAGUUA